UCACUGCUGAUACAACGCCCACAUCUCGAUGUCGGUGGCGGUGAAAGAGAUGCUGCCCGCCAAAGUGCCCUUGCCCUCACGCUCCUCCGGCCCUCGGUACCCCUGCGGCAACCACUCCUUACUCACCCACACGUUGCAACGAUGGAGGUUCUUUUCUCGGCCGCCACUGACGCUGUGCCCCAGCCAGAUACAGCCCACCCCGUCCCCCACAUUGAUGGCCAGACUGCCAUUGGCCUGAUCGGUGGAUGGCACCACCGCCUCGCUCCCUGCGAUGAACACAGCCUGGUCGCCUGCAGGUAGGGGUAUCUUGGUGGGAGUUUCGAAGGCGCCGCUGAUGCUGUAGAGCGACACGGGGCAGCUGGUGAUCGUGUAUGAUGUGUUCGUCCGGCUGUGUGAGGGAGCCCUCGAUGGUAAUGGCGAGGAGGUGGCUCUCGCCGUGGCGAAUGAGGAUGAGCGGGCGGCCGUCUUGUCGCUUGAGGAACUGUCGAUACUGCCAGCCGUGACGUGACGCCCUGAAUGAAGGAAAGAAGGCGCAUGUCAGUCAUGUGUGGUGUGUUGUGGUCUCAGCACGUACUCACUUGUAUCGCAGGCUCAUGCUGCUGAAGUAUGUGAAGCCGUUGAGCCGUCAACCAACGGCGCGUAUGUCACUAUGUUGGGAUCCUGUGUGUAACACAACAACACAUGUAUGUGCACAUGCAUGACGCACACACCCUUGUCUGUCUGUCUGUCUGUCUGUCUGUCGCAUCUCCCUCACCGAUCCCUCCCUGCACAGUUGAGAUGCGAUGCGCUUCAGCUUCACACACGAGCUCUGCACACACGACACACACCACAAAUAAAUGAGAUGCCCCACAUGGAGUCAAAGCACACAAUCAAUGAGAGUCCUUACACAGGGGAGUAUGGCGAGAUUUCUGUACAUUCGACGCUGCAUGAGGUACAUCUGCCGUCCUAGGUUCCCCGUCUUCGACGCCAGCUCUUGUUCGUCAUCAUGCAGAUCGACUUGGAUGCGCGUCAUGUGAUCGUCCUGGGCCUGCUGCUCUCCCUGCAGCUCACCGAUGAGCAAACCAUAGCUCUGCAAGCAAACAGACAGCAGGAGUGUGGUCACCGAUCGCAUCCAUCCAUCCAUCCAUCCAUCUGGACAUACUUACCUGUACUUGUUGCUUGAGUGCCUCCGUCUCUUGCUCAAGUGCCUGCCGAGCAGCGGUCUCGCGGUCCAGCUCCCUCUUCAACAACCCAGCCACCUGCACACAUACACACACACACCACUGCACCGUAGACACUGUUGGUCGGUGCACCAAAGUACCAUGGUCGUAUGGUCGAGGGCUGCCUGCUGCCGCUCGAGCCGGUCCUGCAUGCGACUCAGCCGCUUGUGAUACGCCGCCUCCGCCGCGACCAUAUCUACAAUCCUCUGCAUACAAUGAAUGGAUCAGAAGCACACAUGACUCCUGACAUCCAUCCAUCCAUCCAUCCAUCCAUCCAUCGAUUCACCUGCUGCACCUGGCCCAGCGCCUGCUGGAUGUCAGCCAUGCUCAGGCCAUCACAAUCACCACCCUGCCAUGAGGGAACCAAAACGGGGAGGCCAUGUGUCCCUCUUCUGUCGGCCGCCGUCGUUUUCUCUUGCUUGUAUGCUUACCGCAGCUGUUGUCGAUUGACAUCCGGACCCCAUGCCGCUCUCCUCCACUGCCUUCGCCGCAGAUGCACCGAAAGCCAACCGAUCCGAUCCGGCGCAGGAUGAGCGUGCAGCCUCGUGCCUGUGCGCCGCAUCCAU